AUGCAAGAAUUGAACGCGCCAUCAUUCUCUCGCGUGGCCCGCCGCGCCCGCUCUCCUCCAUCCGCGCUCGUCGAGCUCCACGACGUCAAGACCGCCUCGGGCCGCAAUUUCCGCUUCUUCCCUUCGCCCACCAUGUCUCUCGUUGUCCCCGAGGCGCACCAGCAGUUCCAGCACAUUCUGCGUCUGCUCAACACCAAUGUCGACGGAAAGCGCAAGGUCAUGUACGCGCUGACGGAGAUCAAGGGUGUCGGCAGGCGGUACGCCAACAUUGUCUGCAAAAAGGCCGAUGUCGACCUCGCCAAGCGCGCCGGCGAGCUCAACUCUGACGAGCUCGAGCGGAUCGUGACGAUCAUGCAAAACCCGACGCAGUUCAAGAUCCCGACCUGGUUCUUGAACAGGCAAAGGGACAUUGUCGACGGCAAGAGCGGCCAGAUCUUGUCCAACGGCAUCGACUCGAAGCUCCGCGACGACCUCGAGCGCCUCAAGAAGAUCCGCGCGCACCGUGGUCUCCGCCACUACUGGGGCCUCCGUGUCCGCGGUCAGCACACCAAGACCACCGGUCGUCGCGGGAAGACCGUCGGUGUGUCGAAGAAGCGCGGUUAA